AUGGUUUACCUAGCUGCUGUGCCAAUGACUGUGGACAGCAGCCCACAAGUAAAGAAUUCGUUCCUGUCUACUAGCGACAAAAGCAGUGUUCACUCCUCUUCCAGUAGCCAUCGGUGGCCGGAGAACCAUCAGCUAGAGGGAGAAGGACGACUACAAGGGGAGCAACCGGUACAUCCUCAUACCAAAAAGGUUGGCCAUGUUGGUUCAACGCCUUCCCUAUCCAAGAGCAGUAGCCUUCUCCUUCCCGACACAGUUGUGACCAGCGCUAAAUACAAUGGGGAUGUUGGGAGACCCCUGAGCAGCCUUGGAGCUUCGCCACCCAACCUUUCAGAGCUGGACUCAGCGAGACAAGAGCCCCUCCAGACUCUCCACAGGUCCGUCCUGGAGGAGGUGUUCUCCAAAGGCCUCAGUGAGGACAAUAGUAAGGCCAACAGCGAGGGAGGAGGAGACGCGCCACAGAAGAGGACUAAGGACAUUGGCUACAGAUUGGGCCAGCGUAGGGCGCUAUUUGGAAAGCGCAAACAGUUGAGCGACUAUGCCUUGAUCUUUGGGAUGUUUGGGAUUGUUGUCAUGGUGACAGAGACGGAACUGUCCUGGGGGGUUUACACAAAGGAAUCCUCAUACUCAUUUGCUCUGAAAUGCCUUGUCAGCCUUUCAACUGCUAUAUUGCUCGGACUCAUUGUGAUGUACCAUGCACGGGAAAUACAGCUCUUCAUGGUGGACAAUGCAGCUGAUGACUGGAGGAUUGCUAUGACGUAUGAGCGGAUCUUCCUGGUUGUGCUGGAGCUGCUGGUCUGUGCCAUCCACCCCAUCCCGGGCCAGUACGUCUUCACCUGGACAGCCCGGCUGGCAUUCACCUACACACCCUCAUUGACCGAUGCCGACGUGGACAUCGUCCUCUCCAUCCCCAUGUUCCUCAGGCUCUACCUAAUCGGUCGCGUCAUGCUGCUGCACAGCAAGCUCUUCACGGACGCCUCGUCGCGCAGCAUCGGCGCCCUCAACAAGAUCAACUUCAACACACGCUUUGUCAUGAAGACCCUCAUGACCAUCUGCCCCGGCACAGUGCUGCUGGUCUUCAGCGUCUCUUGUUGGAUCAUCGCGGCGUGGACGGUGCGUGUCUGUGAGAGGUAUCAAGACACACAGGAAGUGACCAGUAACUUCCUUGGGGCAAUGUGGCUGAUCUCUAUCACCUUUCUCUCCAUUGGUUAUGGAGACAUGGUCCCUCACACUUACUGUGGAAAGGGUGUGUGUCUGCUGACCGGAAUCAUGGGGGCUGGCUGCACUGCCCUGGUGGUUGCUGUAGUUGCCAGGAAGUCCGAGUUGACCAGAGCUGAGAAGCAUGUUCACAACUUUAUGAUGGACACUCAGCUUUAUAAACGAGUGAAAAACACAGCUGCCAAUGUACUCAGAGAGACAUGGCUUAUCUACAAACACACCAAGUUAGUCAAGAAGAUCGAUCACGCCAGGGUACGCAAACAUCAGCGGAAAUUUCUGCAAGCCAUUCACCAACUGCGCAGAGUCAAACUGGAACAGAUGAAACUCACCGACCAGGCUAACACACUUGUGGAUCUAGCUAAGACUCAAAACAUGAUGUAUGACCUGGUGUCUGACCUGCAGCUGCGCAGCGAGGAGCUGGAUAGGAGGAUCGGUAGUUUGGACGACAAAUUGGACUCCAUCCUAGUCAAUUUGCAGGCCCUACCCAGCCUUCUCUCGCAGGCGGUCACACAGCAGCACAAGGACUUCCUGGAUGGCUUGGCCCACCGCGUACGGACAGUCUCGUCAGGCUCCGAGCUUCACUGCGUUCCCGCUAGGUGCCAACGGGCCCCCUCCACUGCACCACAGACCAUAUCAUACAGCUGA